CCCAACAGUAUUGCUUCUGCCGUCGCAACCACCCGUGAACUCUCCGUCUCACGACCCAUAUCAUUGGCCCCCAGUAAUGCCGAACAUUCCUCGAUGCCCUCGCACGCCAUAAUCUACUACUACCAUGGUCGCAUCGCAACGAUUUCCCGGCGGUGCCUCAGCGCCGCCGCUCCUCAGUCUCAAAGUACGAAGCAACGCGCGCAUCGCCAUCCGCUCCCUCGUGCUGAUUCUCGCCUGUGGAGUUGCCGGCUGCUGGGGCUAUGUCGAGGACGCGGCGGCGGCACAGGGCGGGAACCGCCUAACGCGCUUGAUUCUGCUGCCGAACAACUCGUUCGGCGCUAAGUGCCUCGACGGCAGUCCGCCCGGGUAUUAUGUCCGCCCAGGCGCGGGCGCGGGGCUGCGCAAGUGGGUGUUGCACUUGCGCGGCGGCGCGUGGUGCACCUCGCCGCUCAGCUGCGCCUGGCGGGCUCGAGGCAAUCUCGGCUCUUCCCGCGCAUGGCCGCGCUCCCCCCAGGACCCGCGGAUCCCCAGCGAAAUGGGCGGCAUCUUGAGCGCGGAUCCCCGCGAGAACCCCGGGCUCGCGGCGUGGAACCUGGCGGUGCUCAACUACUGCGACGGGGGGGGCUACGCGGGGACGGCGGGGCGCAAGCUGGUCGCAGGCGUGCCGGCCGCGUGGUUCGGAGGGGUGGUUCGUAGUGUUAGCGACGGAAUGGAAGGUAGUGGUGGCAGCAGGAAUAAUAAGAGCAGGCGUGGCGCCUUUUACCCUAGCAAGUUGCAAAAAUCCAGCAGCAGCAGCAGUAAUCAGCAGAGGGACUUCCUCUUGUACAGACGAAUUGACAGCAGCAGUAGUGAAACCGACAGUAGCAGCAGCAGCAGCAGCAGCAGCAGCAGCGGAAGCAGAAGCGGUGGCAGGAGCAGCAGCGGUGCGAGCAUGAGCAGUGUAAUCAACCCAGCAGCGGGUGGAGGGCAGAGCGCGGGAGGGUAUGGCGUGGGGACAGUGACGAAGGAGCUUUAUUUGGACGGGUACAACAUAGUCAGCGCCUUCAUGGCAGACCUGGUGCGGAAAAGGGGCAUGGGGGCAGCGACGCACGUGCUGGUGACGGGGUGCUCUGCGGGCGCAGAGGCCGUGAUGGCGGUGUGCGAUCGCUUCAAGCGCCUGCUGCCGCAAGCAUCAGUCAAGUGCCUCAUGGAUGGCGGCAUGUUCGUGGAUGCACGGGGCAGGGAAGGCAGGCGGCCCAUGCGGUCGCGAGUGCAGCGUGUGGUGGCCCUGCACGCCAUGCAUCUCAACUCCAAUUGCAUGGCAGAUUUUCUGCCGCGCACGCGAUGGCGCUGCUUCUUCCCGCAACACGCCCUGUCCCGCAUGGUGGCCCCCGUGUUCCUCGUCAACAGCCUCUUCGAUCAGGUCGCCCUCGCGCUGGGCGGCCAGCUGGACUCGCUCAACCGCACCCACACCUCCUCGUGCAUCUGGGGUAUUCUGAGAGCACGCAGGGACUUACAACGGAUGGUUUUGUCUAAAGGGUGGGUUAGGAGGAGGUUUUGGGCAAGGGGAGCGGCGCAACAGUGCGGCGUGAGGGAGGAGGCUGCGGUGGUGAGUGCGGCGUUUGACACGUUUAAGUAUGUGAGGGAUGUGGUGGAGGAGAGGAGAGACUUUGGGGCGUUUAUUCUGGCAAGGAGGCCCUGGCAUUGCAGUACAACGUCGUUCUUAUGGACGACGGCAACAGCCAAUGGAGUGAAGCUCAAUCAAGCUGUCCUCAACUGGAUUAUGGGCAGAGGAAACAAAAAUUUCUACAUAUAAUUGACGUGUUAAAAGUUUGCAUCUUGCAAAUUUAGAUUAU